UUAAACAAAUAAUUUCAAUAUGAGAGUCAAGCUCACGAAUUUUUUUCUUGGAAUAAUUCCUUAUCCUGUCUUGCGAAAAAGGUGAGAUUUCUUGUUGACCUAGGCCAUUUCCAUAACCACGUUAUCAAUCAACAAACGCCGCAUUUCGUUGAAUAGACUGUGAAAAUUUGGCUUACACGAUUUUCCCAUAUAACCAAUGUUUAAUCGAUAAGAACCAGCAGCGCAUGGUACAAAUUAACCUACAUAAGGACUUUGAAUGCAGGAACUAGUUUCUGAUCCUUUGUUUCAGUUUCAGUAAUCGUUAUUUCGAUACAAUGUGGUUGAUAUGAGAAAUGUUUUUCAAGUAUUCUGGGCGGAAUGCUUAGAAGACGUCGUCGUUGAUCCUUGAUAAGAUGAUGGUGUGUUUGCAAUGGUAGUGUAUCGAUUUGAUGCAUUUUUAACCAAGAAGAAGGCCUGGCUAGUGGUACAUCAAAACGUCGUGCUCGCGUUUAUUUGAGUCUCGUGUUAGUUUACUAUAAUUUCGUGGUUCACUUUAUUUUUUGUGCAUUUUUUUUGGAAGAUUUGGCUGAAGAUUCAUUCAAUUUCGAAGUUCAUAGCUACUGUUCAUGAUCACUCAAGAUGUCCGUUAAUCAAACACUUAAAAGAAGCCGCAUUGUCGAUAGCAGCAACGAUCCUUAUGUUUAUCUUUACAAUGUACCAUACUUGGAAGAAAUAGUAGCAUAUGAAGUAGCUCGAAGAAUGUGGUGCAGUGGUUUGGAGACGUUCCAGCUUGACAAUGCGCAAGAUAGUUCUCGUCUAGACCGUUCUGUACAGCUGAUAAAGAACUUGAAUAUUCCUAUUUGCAUUAAAGAUGUACUCCAAAAUUACCUACGGGAAGUUGUCCGAAGUAUUAAACGAUGGGCAAAGCAUUUUUUAUUCUAUAUGAAAUUUCCCAAGACAUUUUCCAAAUAUCAUUAUGAUAUUCCUAGCAUCGAUCCAAACUGGUUGGUUUGGUCGAUGAAUGGUGAAAUCGACUGUCUAAAAACCGCCAAAAACAUGCUACAAGUCGACUGUUUGACAAAUGUGCACAAAUUUAUCAUUAUGAGCGCCUAUUGCAUGGAGGACGAAAUGAAUAAGUUUUCGUUGGAUUCGCUUCCGGCAGAUUUUUAUGCAAAUGUGCAUCGUUACAACGGCUGGGUGUUUCACUAUUGGAUUUGUUACCUUAGAAAUGAACCGGGUGAAGAGCUACAUCGUUACCGAGCCAUGGCAGAGAAUUUCAAUAUUCGUGAUCGGUUCAUCAACGAAUACUUUUGGAGCCUUUUAGAUACCGAUGAUCAGGUAGCUGUUGCCAUACAUUUGAUUUCUCUAGCUUACCGAAGCAAAGAGAAACAGAAAUAUGACCGAUAUUACGCCACCUGCACUCGCCUAUUUUUUGGGCAAAUAAUUGCUAAAAUGACUCGCUAUCAGCGACAACGCUUAGUUGAGGCUAAUAUGGGAAUAUAUUUUUCCCUCGUGUACUCCAAUUCUUCACGACAUCUACUUCCCAUUUGGAGACGUUCUAAAAAUGACGUUACAGAGAGAAAGUUUUCUAUAAUUAUCGGCGAGCUAUUGUUUCGUAGUAAACAUAAUCCUGUAUUGAUAUCUUCAUUGACUGAGAUUUGGGAUACUGCUUCUGAUUCCCAGAGAAAUUACCUAAUUCACGACCAAUUAGUACAGUUGUGCUCAUACAUUGAUUUUUGUCUUCGCAGCGGCCCCAACCUUCUAGAAUUUGUGAGAAAAUUACUUCAUCAUUUCCCUUCAAAUGAGAGAAAAGGGCUGAUUUUCAAGGUAGCUGAAAGGCCUCGUUUUCACGAAUGUAGUUCCGAAUCGUUCAACUAUUUAGUGAACUCAUUUUUGCCCAACUUCGAGGACCAAUUGGCGCUGAAAGAAUUCGUAAUGCAGUCUGGCCAUUUCAAAGAAUAUUUAUAUCGUUUGUUAAUCCGUGAUCAAGAGUAUGAAAAAUUCAUUGAAAAAAUAACAUUUUUUUGUUCCGAUGAUGCAAGCGCUGUCCAAGUAUUCAAAGAAAAGUUGCUGAAAGAAAUAGUAAUACCACACUCUAGUGACGUUAGUCUCCUUACCAACAUCAGUAAAUGGAAAAAAUUCAGCGAAUUUAUCGACGAAACUUUUGAAAACGAUCUUACCUCAAGACUGGUGGUGAAGAAAGGGUUCAUAUCGGAGAUAAUAUGGGCCUCUGUCAAAAACUUAAAAAUUUUUGAACCCCGUCGUCAUGAUGAACUCGUUGAUUACGUGAAAGUUCUUGAAAUGGUAUUUGUAGACGAAGAGUUGAAAAAAGUGGAACCUUCGUGCAGCUCCUUGUGCUCUGUCAUGGGUAUGAAGGUAACUAUCCUUAUUAUGGAAUAUUUUAAUCAAAACUAUGCCGAAAAGUGUUCGAAGGACGAUAUCGAGAACUAUAGGCGUAAAUGCAGACAGCUACGACGAUGGUGCAAGAGCAUGAUGUCUAUAGAAAAUUAUUUCACAUAAAAAUGUUUAAAAGAACUCAAAAACUGGUCAAGGAAUAUGAAAAUAAUCAACAUUGAUCGGUAUUUCACUAUUUCUGGUAUUCUUUUUUUUAAAUUUUCAAUUUUUCAAAAUCGAUGAAGUCAUUUUUGCUUGUGAAUAUGACUUGAAGCUAAUUUAAGACGUUGAUUUGCUACAGCAGUUAGGUAUACCUAAUUCAUCACGUUUUUAAAAAUUUGCCAAUAAUUUUAAUUCAAUUUACCUUUCCAUGUAAUUAUACUUGUUCAAUUGUUAGAUAUUAAAAAGGGAUUAAAUAAAUUUUUUUAC